CGAAUCAAGACCAUAUCAGCUAAAGACAAUUCGGAGAGGCCAAAGUUGCACUUUAGCAAGUAAACAUUAGUCACAAAUGGAGACGAGGGUUUCUUUGUGGCUACCAUUGCUGUUGUGCUCUGUCCUGUGCUUAGGCACUCGUGGCAACCCGGACUACAAAGAUGCUCUUGCAAAGUCCCUAAUGUUCUUCCAAGGCCAGAGGUCAGGGCGGCUCCCAACCAACCAGCUGCUAAGCUGGAGGUCCACCUCUGGCCUUUCUGAUGGUGCCCUUGCCCAUGUGGAUUUGACAGGAGGAUACUAUGAUGCUGGAGACAAUGUGAAGUUCAACUUCCCCAUGGCCUACACCACCACCGUACUCUCCUGGAGCACCCUCGAGUACGGCAAGCGCAUGGGGGCUCAGCUCCCCAACGCAAGAGCCGCAAUCCGCUGGGCCACCGACUACCUCCUCAAGUGCGUGACAGCGACCCCCGGAAAGCUCUACGUGGGAGUCGGCGACCCUAACGUUGACCACAAGUGCUGGGAGCGGCCGGAGGACAUGGACACGGUCCGAUCCGUUUACUCAGUCUCCCCCAGCAACCCAGGCUCCGAUGUUGCGGGCGAGACUGCAGCCGCCCUCGCCGCCGCCUCCCUGGUCUUCCGAGUGGCAGACCCCAAGUACUCAAAGUUGUUGCUCAAGACUGCAAAACAGGUGAUGCAGUUCGCUAUUCAAUACCGUGGUUCGUACAGUGAUUCACUCGGCGGAGCCGUUUGCCCAUUUUACUGUUCGUACUCGGGAUAUAAGGAUGAACUGCUGUGGGGAGCUGCAUGGCUUUAUAGAGCAACGAAUGAUGUGUACUAUGCCAAUUUCUUAAAAUCUCUGGGGGCUAAUGAUGCCACGGACAUUUUCAGCUGGGACAACAAGCUCGCCGGAGCUCGAGUUCUUCUUUCGAGGAUGGCGUUGUUGAACAAGGACGGUAGCUAUGACCAGUUCAGACAACAAGCAGAAGAUUUCAUGUGUAGAAUUCUCCCCAAUUCUCCUUCUUCCUCCACACAGUACACUCCAGGUGGGCUCAUGUUCAAGCUGAGUGAAAGCAAUCUCCAAUACGUCACCUCCAUAACAUUCCUGCUUACGACCUAUUCUAAGUACAUGUCCAGUGCAAAACACACCUUCAAUUGCGGCAACAUGGUCAUCACCCCUGGCACUUUGAAGUACCUUGCCAAGAAGCAGGUUGAUUACAUUCUGGGGGUGAACCCUCUGAAGAUGUCAUAUAUGGUGGGAUAUGGGACCACAUUCCCCAGGAGAAUUCAUCACAGAGGAUCGUCCCUGCCAUCCCUGUUGAGCCACCCACAGGCAAUAGGCUGUCAAGGUGGCUUUCAACCGUUCUACUACACAUCGAGCCCUAACCCCAACAUCCUCACUGGAGCCAUCGUCGGGGGUCCAGACCAGAAUGAUGCUUUCUCAGACGAACGGACCGACUACAGCCACUCUGAGCCUGCAACGUACAUCAACGCAGCCAUCGUUGGACCUCUGGCAUACUUGGCAGCAACAUACUCAGCUUGAGCAAAAGAAUUUGCAUCCCAAUGUUUACAAAGUUCAUUAACUUUGAAUAGGUCAGCGUUGAUGAUGAUGAACUAGCUAGGAGGGAUCUAUAGUGCCAACCAAGUGUAAAUGAAGAUCCCCUAGCCUUAGUUUGAUUCGCUAAUCUACGGUUAAUGAUCAGUGUGUCCUUUUCUGUUUUCUUAAUUUCACUGAGCAAAAGAAUUUGCAUCCCAAUGUUUACAAAGUUCAUUAACUUUGAAUAGGUCAGCGUUGAUGAUGAUGAACUAGCUAGGAGGGAUCUAUAGUGCCAACCAAGUGUAAAUGAAGAUCCCCUAGCCUUAGUUUGAUUCGCUAAUCUACGGUUAAUGAUCAGUGUGUCCUUUUCUGUUUUCUUAA